UUGUAGAAUUAGUGUGAAUGUUUUUGUUUUCCUCAUAAUUUUGAUACUAUUUCCUCCUUGCUCAGUGGGAAAUAAGGCGUAAUGUGGGAAGCCGUAAUGACCCUAAGAAACCCAACAACAACAGCAGUGAUAUGAAGCGCCUUUAUUGUUCACAAUGAACCCUAAUAUGCACGAAGGCAGCAGGAUAUUAACAAUGUGUUAAGAUCCAGUUGGGCCAUGCAGGCUCCCAACAUUAGUGGUUCAAGUCCUGCACAUUGUUAUCCAGUACUUCAUUUUGGAAGGUAGCCUUAAUGAGGCUGUAGUCCAGUUUUAGUCAUGGGAGAGGUUGAUAAACCAUUUGGAUGUCCCCAGCCUGGCUGUGGCAUGAGCUUUACUAAUGAGGAUCACUUAAUGGUACAUCGUCGACGCCACGAAAUGCAGCUCACAGUCAAUGGAGAACAUCACACUCCAUCUCUAGUCAAGCAUCAUGGAUUUAUUAUUGACCAGACACCUACUCCAACAAGAUUCUUAAGGCAGUGUGAAGAAGUGGGACUUUUCCAGGAAAUAAGUCUAAAUCCAUUUGAUGAACAGUUUAGAAGAGCAUCACUUCUUAGAUCACAUCACUCAAUCAGUGAGGCUGUAGGGGGUCAUACAGGAGAAAGUCUCGACACCCCAAGGGUACUGCCACCUGUAGAUUCCGAUGAAACAAUUUCAUCCACAUCUCGAGAUGAUGUGUGUGUUGCAUCCAAUGCAGCCACUUCAACAUCUACCCUCAUGACCUGCAGCAUUUCUUUGCCAUCUCGUCAGUCACCAAGUGCAACGUACUGUUGCACACGAACACAGCCAUCAUCUAGGCCAUCAGUGACUCAAUCCUUGGGCAUGGUGGAUGUGGGUAUGGCUGGUGGCAAUUUGAAAGUUAGUGGAGUGCCACAGUCGUCUCCGCUGCAGCCGGGUCUUUGUGCCGCACCCAGCAGUGUACCACCAUCUCCAAGUGCUACUGUCCUUCAGCUGCUGCUCAGGUCUGAUAUGAACUAAAUACAAGAAAUUCACAAAUAACCCACACUUAUGGGAACUUAUAACAACAUUUUGGUCCAUCCUGGAAUAUUAUCUACUAUGACCUAUUCUUCCUUCUCAUACUGAUACAGAUACUAAGAGUACUUCUAGAUCAGGGAUACUCAACCCUCUCAUUUCUGGGGCUGCAUUGGAAGACUGAUUUAUGAGUGGGGGCCACAAGAUUUAUGUAGGUCCAAGUAUUUUAAACUGUUAAAUCAUACAGUGGAACCUCGGCUUAUGAGUGCUCCACCAUACAAGUUUAUCAGGAUAUGAGCAGUCGCUCGGUCGAUUUUUUGUUUCUGUUCCGAGCAAAGAUUCAGGAUGCGAGCUUCCCCCUCAAACAACUUUUUUUUAGACCUCCAGAUAUUACAAAAAUAAAAGUGAAUAUAUAAUUGUACUUCAUUGUCGUGAUGUAUUAUGUUGUUUUUACUGCUUAAGACUAUAACUGCAACAGAAAUACUAGUAUUUCUUACCUUAAAUUGUGGGUGCUGGUGUUUGUCGAUGAUUGUGAAGAGAGUGGAGAGUUAUGUUGUGGUCCUACUGGACUGAGGUGGAUGGUAGAGGUUCUGGUACUGAAGUUGAUGGUUGUACUGGAGUGUGCAUAAAUUCUGUAAUUGAUUUCUGUUCUAUUUUACCCUGCAGUACAUUAUACAACUGUCAGUAAGGCAUCAGCUGCUCUAGACACCAUUUCAGGGUCCUCUUCAGUGUAAAAGUCUAGCUUUAAGUCAUUCAGUAAGUCAGUAAAGUUAUUCAAUUAGUCAAGUCAUUCAGUCAGUUAAGUCAGUAAGUCAUUCAGUCAAGUCAUUCAGUCAAGUCAGUAAGUCAGUCAGUCAAGCCAGUAAAUCAGUUAAGUCAUUCAAUCAGUCAAGACAUUCAGUCAGUCAAGUCAGUCAGUAAGUCAUUCAGUCAAGUCAGUCAGUCAAGUCUGUAAGUCAUUCAGUCAAGUCAGUAAGUCAUUCAGUCAAGUCAGGAAGUCAAGUCAGUAAGGCAGAUGCUGUGCCCAGCAUCUCUUCUUCAUCAUCAGCCUCUGCCAGCAUCUCUUCUCCACCAUCAACUGCCAACAUUUCUUCUCCAAGGUAAAUGCUGUAGUACAUAUUACAUAAAUUUUUUUACGUUGUUUUCCUUAUGAAACUACGUAGUGAUUUAAUACAGUUUGCCUUGCAAACACUCCGUUUUCUGUUAUAAUAAGAGCAUGGGAAGGUAUGUAGUCAUUCUAGUGUAUAUAUCAUGUUUCUGUGUUAUUAAUAUUGUUUAUUAUAUCAUAUUAGAUGAAUUGUGAUAGAUAAAUAAGCUAUAGAGUUGAUAUUAGCGAAAGUUGAAGUAUUUUGUCGUGCCUGGAAGCCCACUGGAACGGAUUAAUGCCAUUUCAACGAAUUUAAAUGAGGAAAAUUGACUCAACAUAUGAGCAUAUCGGGAUACGAGCAAGGUCACGGAACGGAUUAAACUCAUAAGCUGAGGUUCCACUGGAUAUACAGUUUUUUCAUUGAUAUGCGAUAAAAGUACAUUUGAUAACCUAUAAUAGGCUGUCAGCUAUUGCUACUACAAUAUAGAAUAUAUUUUAUAUAGUCUUACAUUUAACCCCUUGACUGUCGCAACCCCAAAUCCUGAGGUGUCUCCUGGUGUCGAAAAAUAAAAAAAAAAAUUAUGUUUUCUUAUGGAAUGAUAGAGAAAUUUUUCCCGAUGGUAAUGACACCAAAAGAAUGAAAUUUGAUGGAAAACUUAUGGAAUUACGCUCUCGUGAAGUUAGCGACCUCAGUGAUAUUUACGAAUCUGCAAUUUUGCCCACUUUGAGCCCUAUUUUCAGCUAAUUCCAUUGUUCCAGUCGACCAAGCUCAUAGCUAUUUCUUUAGAACUCCAUUUGUUCUAUCGAUUGAGUACAAGAAACUGCCCAUUUAUAGAUUUCAACUACCCAGUAACAUGGUCAGAAAUUUGCAAUUUGGCCAAUUUCACACAAAUUAAAAAAUAUGCCAAUUUCAAAAUAGGGUCCAGAAUGAGCAAUGCAGACAUUCCUGGCUCUAAAAUAACAUUUUCUUUGUUUAUCAGUCAUGUCUCCAGGCCCCUAUGAUAUUACUCUUGCUUUCUAUUUUGAUUUUUUGUACACACAAAAAAUAGAAGAUUUACUGUUAUGCAGACUACUGCAAUAUUGUAGUAAUUGUAUAAAUAAUGUCAACCCAUUUGUGACUGCAUAUUAGAAUGGCUAGUUGGACAUUUAUUGGACAAUGACAUCAUUUGUUUACUUUUGAACUUUGGGAAAAAAAAA